AUGUUUGCGGAGCCGUCUGUGCCAGACCGGCGCCCGUCGCCCGGCCUUACCCUCAACCUCCCCUCCAACAACCCCUUUCGCAACCGCGCAAGCUCGCCCGCUGCCUCGCCCGCCCUCGACACUCCUCGCAGCACUGCCAGCAGGCCAAUGUCGCGCAAUCCGUUCCUGUCCACCUUCGAAGCCGAGUUCAACAAGGAGGCUGCCAAUGCUGCACAGCUCAUUGACAUGUCGGCCAACAUGAAGGAGUCGCCCAAGAAACCCACCUUCGGUAGCACCGCCGAAGAACUCUUUCAUGUUUUAUUGACCAUCCAACCAUCUCCAAUGAGAGCGGCCAUGGAGCGUCUCAAGCACUUUGCAAGCGUAGUCACUGACCCUCGUUCCCUCAAACAGAAGAAUCUUACUCUCGACGAGAACAGCGGCAACCAUAAGCCAGCUCCAUCGAACGGCGAGCAGAGGAGUGGUGCGCCGCCACCCAGGAACCAUCGCCCCUCACGUUCUCAGGAGGACGAAGAACGACGCCUGCGAGGCGCACCUAGAGGGCCUCCCCGACCGAGGGGUCCGCCAGGCGAGCGUCCUCCGAAUCGACACAGCCCUGACCGACGCGAGCACCGCCGGCCUCGCCGUAACUCCGAAUCCUCCAUGAUUGACAAGGGCUCCCUAGAUCCUGAGGAGGAGAGGCGGAGGAGGGAGCGACGCAGGUUGCGUGAUGAGCGGUCAAAGGAUCCCAAAUCUCGCUCUUCGCGGGUCAGGAGGCCUCAAGGUUUGGACAUCAUUGACAAGUUGGAUGUGACGGGCAUCUACGGACCGAGCAUGAUACACCACGACGGCCCAUACGAUGCCGUCCAGCCGCACCGAAACCGCAAGAAGGACCAUCGAGCUCCUAUGCAGGCUUUCCCAGCCAAUUCUGCCAACAAUGUACUGGGCGGCUCAGGUCCGAUUAACAAGACCAUUGACCUGGAUACCUUCCACGGGAGAGGGGCAGAGGGUUUUACCGAUUUCGGCGCAUCCGGUUCCGAUUACAAGCGAUCCGAACAGGACCGAGCCAUUUCCUUUAAUCCAAAGGACAGAGUCGACAUCGUGCAUGGCGAGGAGACGGUCGGGCUGGGAACAUCCACCUUCUUGGAAGGGACACCAGCCUCGCGUACUGCAAUCCAAAGACGCGAAUCCGAAACACACAAUGCCAUGGCAGAUGGUGGUCUCGGACGGAAGAAGUCUAUCGCCCAGCGCAUUCGCGGUAUCUCUCAGCCUCGACGUCAAUUCAGUGAUGCAGGUCGCAUCACAUCCCCGGAGGCCCGCUAUGGCAGAGGCGCUCGGAGCCCGGCCAGUCCACAGGCACAGAGUGCGGGAGGUUAUUCCAAGGCGAACGAGCAGAACCCGUUCUUCGAUGAUUACGAUAAAGCAUACGACAACAAAAGUGCAGCAAUCAAGGUGGCCGAAUCCGAAAAUAAGGAUAAUGCUGUGAAGAGCCCUGGGCCCGCUUCCCCCGGAGCCGCAAGCCGCAAUCCUCUCACAAGGGCGGUCACAGCCGAUAACCUCGAAGGGGGAGCGCCGAGCGAGCCAAAACCGCAGUCGGGUUUUCUCAGCCGAGUAAAGAGUCUGAAGGGGGGCAGGAAGCCGCGUGCAGAACGCCCGGCGGCGUAA